GUCACGCUGAUAAACGGCCUUUCCGUGCAACUCCUCUGUUUCCGUGCGGAACCAUUUUCCUGUGCGCUUUCUUACUCUCGGGGUCCUGUCAUGGCGGCGGAAGCCGGUGGAGGAGAACCGUUGGUUAAGUUUGUUAAGCUGAGCGGGAGAGCAGCAGGCUCUAAGAAGAAGGUACGCUGGUUUCCAGUUAAGCGACUCUUCACUCACUCCUGUCCCAGCCUCAGGAUUCCUAGCAGGUUUUUAAGAGAAGGUCGGAGAUCUCCCUCAUCAAGGAGUGGUCACCGAUGUGUGGCAGACAAUACUAAUCUUUAUGUGUUUGGAGGUUACAACCCAGACUACGAUGAGUCUGGAGGGCCAGAAAAUGAAGACUAUCCUCUAUUUAGAGAACUGUGGAGAUAUAAUUUUGCUACAGGCAUGUGGCAUCAGAUGAGCACAGACGGUCAUAUGCCAAGGGAGUUGGCAUCCAUGUCAUUGGUUUUACAUGGUCAAAAUCUUCUGGUGUUUGGAGGCACUGGAAUCCCAUUUGGUGAAAGCAAUGGUAAUGAUGUUUACGUCUGCAAUGUGAGGUACAAAAGGUGGUCAAAGCUAAACUGCAGAGGCAAGAAACCCAACCACAUCUAUGGGCAGGCAAUGGCAAUUAUACAUGGCUUUCUGUAUGUAUUUGGAGGAACCACUGGUUACAUAUACAGUACAGAUCUACACCGACUUGAUCUUUCAACCAGGGAAUGGAUUCAGCUAAGGCCAAACAACCCCCCUUGCGAUUUACCUGAGGAGAGGUACAGACAUGAGAUUGCACAUGAUGGACAAAAGAUCUAUGUAUUGGGUGGAGGCACGUCUUGGACAGCUUACUCUUUGGAGAAGAUCCAUGCCUACAACUUUGAAACAAACACCUGGGAGGAUAUUCCCACAAAGCCACAUGGAAAUCUAGGUUUUCCAGCAGCCAGAAGAUGCCACAGCUGUGUCCAAAUAAAAAAUGAAGUGUUCAUCUGUGGAGGCUAUAAUGGCUUGGUUAUCUUAGGAGAUCUCUGGAAACUGAAUUUGCAGACGUUCCAGUGGACAAAGCUUCCUGCACUCAUGCCUGAACCUGCUUAUUUCCACUGUGCAGCAGUCACUCCGGCUGGCUGCAUGUAUAUUCAUGGAGGUGUUGUCAACAUUCAACAAAACAAAAGAACUGGAUCUUUAUUUAAAAUCUGGCUGGUGGUGCCAAGUCUGCUGGAACUUUGCUGGGAAAACCUGUUAAAAUAUUUCCCUCACCUUUGUCAUCUACCCACCCAGCAGCUGCUGCAGCUUGGACUAUCACUGGAGCUUAUAGAACGAAUAAAAUGAUGCCCCCGUCUAUACACUGUCCAUCUUGCUCCCAAAUACUGUUCAGCUAAGCAAAAGUAGGAUCCCUGGAAAAGAGCAUGCUGCUAGCAAGAAUGGAACCCCUGGGCCUUACGUAGACACAACAUCAGUGGCCUUUAAUCUGUUUCAUAUUUAGGAAAACCAGCACAUUUGUCAGUGGUAUUUACCCAACUGCCUAUACUGGACAUGGCAUGGAAACUUUUAAGACUAUUUAUUCUCCUGCUUUUAUGUUAUUUAUUACUGAUUUCCGGGGAUUAACAUUUUCUUCACUCUGGAUUGUUGUCCUUCAUGUGUUUUUAAUUUGCUGCCCUGCUCUGAGCCCUGAUUGGAAUAGAUUUAAUAAAUUAUUGAAUUUCCGUGAUCACCCAGCACCACUUUGUCUUAUUCCAACAGCCUGUGAAUGGCACCAAUGCUCUAAUUUUUAGCCCGAAUAUGUGGUUGUUUGAACUAUUGGCAUGAUGAUGGCUGAUGGAGAAGCCCUGAAGAUUUCCUACACACUUUAUACAAUUGAAAUCUGUAAUUGUUCAAGAUACUCCUCUGAUAUUUAAACUAUUCAGAUCUAAUUCUCAGAUCUCAAAAAAGGUAAUUUCGCCUUUUAAUUGAACUUGCUUUGUGAUCUGGACCUAGUCUAAGCAGAUUUAUUAGCUUUCAGUUGUCAUUCAGCUGUCUGGUUGCUUUCUGGGCUUCCUGGCAAAAGAAUCAAUGUCUGGCCUACAACUGGGCAGUGUCUGUAUGCAGAGUUUAAUAUCCAGGAAUCUCAGCAGUGUCACACCUCCAUAGUGAACUUGCAUAGCCACAGCUGUGUUUUCAUUGUAUCAGUUGCCACACCAGCAAUGUGGCUGGAAAGUAUGAAAUGAGAGUGGUGAAAAUGUCUUUAUUAGCAGGGACAAGACUUGCUUUUCUGCUAAGUUUGAUUUACUUCCCUUCACUGCAGCAAGAAACAAUAUGUUUACUUCCAUUUUUUCUCACUAAAUGUGACAUUACCUCUUUACAAACCAGUGCCAGUAGCUCUGACUAGUCCUGCUGCAGGGUUCAUUUACAAAAACCCGUGCCAUGGUAUCAUUGCUGAAUUUGUUUCUCUCUCAUCCCAACUUCACUACAAUCUGCCAACUCAUUUGCUGUCUGGGUGCGAUGUUGAGCCUCUGUCAGGUAUGAUGUAUAAUUCCUUUACAGACUGUACAAUCAGCCAGACUUCUGGUGAGUCAAACGUUCCAGUGCUUUAUUUACAGGAUUUCAGAAUUGCACGAUCCCUUAACAAUUAAUUUCCUCAGAUAUACUCUUUCAUUCGGGUUCGCCAUUUAAAUCUAUUUUUUUCAUAAACUGCAAUGCAUGUCUAGUUCAACAGGGUUUCAAUGCAAAGGUCCCAGGCACAGUGGAAUGCAUAGGCCAAACAUGGAAGCCAUUAUGUCUGCUGGAAAUUCAGUCUGAUAUGCACUAAAUAGAGCAAUUAUAUUAUUCAUAAUAACUUUGAAUGAAUCCAGACCUCAGAAAUGUAUUUAUUUGUCUCCAAAUUUUGUAUUCACCAUUAGGCCUUCUUCCAUUGGGAAGCACAUUAAAUUGACUAAUAUAGUACUCUUUGAAUUGGUCAGAUAGCAUCUCUCUCAUAAAUGUUGGAUCAGGAACCUAGAGAAUAUCUAAGCAUGGAGGAAUAGGGAAUUCUGUUGUUUGAAUAACACACAAGCCAGGGCUGCUAUUUCCUUAUGAACUUGCUGCUUGAACUAGCACAGUUAGCUUUCCUCACUAUUACAUUUAUGGGAAAGUAUACCUGAUUUUUGGGCAUGGGCUUAUGUAGAAAAAGUAUAUAAACAAUAGGGUAAGGGCAAUGGUCUCUGCAGCACAGACUGACUGUCAUGGUUUCCUUUCAGUCUGCACAAUAUAUAUGUAACAAAUAUAUGUUUUAUUUCUGCGAGUGCAGAUCGUGUUAAUGUAACUUUUCUACAUAAGCCCAAAUUAAUUAGCUCAUGUCAAAAAUAUCUACAUUUUUUUUUUUCCAAAGUUCUAACCUAUCAUUGUAUCAUUAGAUGCACCUCAACAGCUUGUCAUUGGCUAAUGAUACAACAUAAUAAGCCUGUUUUUGUAGAGAGAAAAGUAUGGUUCGUUUAAUGCUGAACAGGUUAAAAGAAAAGGUACAUGAUUGUUUCUAACUAUAUUUAUUAGAUUAAUUAAUAAUAAUAAUAAUUGUUUUCUAAAGGGCAAAACAAACUAGUACCAUUCACCCUGCCCCUCAGGAACAGAACCCAUUUUAGUAUUGACCAGUGGGGCUUAUUUAUGAACAGAGACACCAAAUAGAGAUAAGCUUGGCCUUUUUUAGACUUCAUAAUAUUAGCAGUUUUUGUACUGCAAUGAACAUAAAGGUGUUCGAGAAGCAUCUUCUGCUCAUCUGUCAGGGUGAGGCAAAACCAUAAAUCAUUGAUGCUUCUCUGCUCCAUUUUAUCGCCCCUGUUAACAUUAAUAUGAGCAGCAUCAGUAUCUUCAGCAGCUUCAAUUUUAUUGCGUUCAGCCAUUGCCCAAACAGAACAGCCGAGGGGGCUCCUCAAACACAUUCAUAUUAUUAGCAGCCAAAAAUAAAUUCAUGCAAACGAAAGUGCUCACAAGCCCUCUGAAUAGUUGUGCAGUUAGUAUGGGUAGAUGCUUGGAGAAUUGCUAUUAGAAUGUAGCCUGCUUUGUGUUUGUGUUGCAGCCUGAGCUUUGUACCAAAACAUCUGGUCUCUACUGCAUCAUGUUUCUUCCUUUAUUUGUACAUUAAACACACCAGUUUUAGUGCCUUUUUAGUUUAUCAUCAAAACAGGAAACUCAUUAUGAUAUGUUGGACAUAACAAUCUACACAGAACUGUGAAAAUGCCUGAGAAUUAUUUAGCAAUUUCUACUUUGUAGUGUUCCCACAUAGUGCUGGCCACUAUUUAUAGCCUUUUCUUUGAUUUAACUCUGAUUUUGCUUCAUAUUGCUGCUACAACGUGUCCGUGAAGGAAUGACCAUUGUUUCAUAGAUAAAGGGGAAGUUUACCUUGAGCUGCGUGAUGUAGGGUACCAUGUAUUAUUUUUUUAUUUACACUUCCUUUUAAAUACAUUUUCCAAAAAAACAGGAUAAGUAAAAAAGUGACGCAAACUGUUGCUCCUUUUAAAGUAAAAUAGAGUGAAGAUUUUUAUAUUUCUGCAACAGAUUCUGAAUUUCCUUCUGCCAAAACCAUUCGUGCCCCCCCUCCCCCCGGGUGCAUGUAGAAUGUGAGGGGUAGAAGAUAAUUUUCUAUUGGAAUUUAUCACUUUUCUGCGUCUAUGCUCCAGCUACUCGGUUUUACAUUUAACUUGCUGUCUGGGCAGUGCAUGGAAUGUUUAACAAGAAGAUAGGCUUGGACUGAAACAGACAAAUUGAUUUGAACACCAAACCUCUGUCUGCUUUCUGGUUGCCGGGGUGACUGAUUAUAGCAACUGUAUUUCCCUGAAGUUAAGGCAGCAUGUAGCUUCAACCAUUGCCCUGAACAGCUUUUCUCCUCCUCAAGUGUCAGUGCAAUGGAAGCUUCUCUCUUCUGGCUUUCCUAAAUAUACACUUUUCCUUUUACCUUACAUCUUGAGAAAGGCAUCUCUCAAGGUAAACUUCCCCUUUAAGAAGUGUACUUAACUGAAAUGCAUGAAGCUGUGCAACCUUUCUUCACUACUUUCUCUAUCUGGACUUGGGCUAAGAACUGGGGAGAAAGCUGCUUGAUUUGUUUUUUCCUUUGCUUUUUAAAAUGAAUCUAAUGCUGAGAUAUUUGUCAUUAUUAUAGGAUUUCAACCUGAAUGUUACUGUACUUAGACCAGACUGUAGUGUCCAGUUAAUAUGGAGUGAAAUGCGUUGCCAUACACAGGUACUGGGCAGACACACAACUCCAAGUCUUGUUUAAUUCCCUCAGCAUGUUGUAUAUAUGUGAUAAACCUCUGGCUUUUGAAUGCUGUACUUUUAUUGUAAAACCAAUGAAGUGCAAUAUUUUACUUUUAAUUCAUGUAUUGUCUAUUUUUUUCCCCUGAUUAAAAUGUAUUAAAUGAUUUUUUUUU